AUGCGCAUAUUAGCAGCACGCAUCAGCACCUAUUUAUACAGGAGAAACCCAGUGAAAGUGCAAUCUCGAAAUUUUUCUUCAUCAUUCCAUACCAGAGAUCAGAGAUCAUUAGAAGAGGAGGCAGAAAGAAAAAUCGGAUGGAUGCUGAAACUACUUUUUGCUGGAACUGCGACAGUAGUGGCUUACCAGUUCUUUCCAUACUUGGGAGAUAAUUUGAUGCAGCAAUCUGUAUCACUUCUACAUGUGAAGGAUCCCUUGUUUAAAAGAAUGGGAGCAUCCAGAUUAGCUCGUUUUGCUAUAGAUGACGAAAGGAGGAUGAAAAUAGUUGAGAUGGGUGGUGGUCAAGAGUUACUAAACAUGCUGGGGGCUGCUAAAGAUGAUCGUACUCGUAAGGAAGCUUUGAAGGCUCUUGUUGCCAUUGCACAGUCAGAUGAAGCUGUUGGUGCUUUACAUCAAGCUGGAGCAAUCUCUGUCAUCAGGUCAACUCCAGAUACACUUAAACAGAGUGACAAUUUGAUUGUAGAGGGAAAUUCAGUUUGCGAGGUGAAGAAAGCUACAACAUGA